AUGUCGCGGUUUCCAAAUGUCCCGGAGCCGAUCCGGCACGCGGUCGACGAGAUUUGGGCGGUGUCGAGCCGUCGACUGCACGAAAUUCCACAGAUCCCCGUGCCCGCCGACCUUUACGCUCUCUUCGUUCCGGUCGCCGAAGCAGCGGUCCCGUCAACCAGGAAUGAACACGGACUUGUGAAGAUUCUCCCACACGGUCUCCCACGGCGCGAAUGA